AUGCUGCUGACUACUGCAUGGUGUUUGUUGAUAUGGAGUGUGACGUUGCUUCUUGUACGAAUCUGCUUGGUGAUUCCUAUUUUCCACAGUAGUAGAGAAGCGGGUCCUCUGACCAAAGACAAGGAUAAUGUAGGGGGUAGAAUGAAGAAUUUGGUUCUAUUUAUUUUCUUGGGUUCUGGAGGCCAUACCGGUGAGAUGUUAAGAUUAAUUGAACACUAUCAAGGUAUGCUUCUUGAAAGUGCAGUUACGAUUCAUGUUGGUUAUUCGGAUGAUGAUAGCAUAAUAAAGUUCAAGAACAAGAUACAUCAGAUCUCUGUUUCAAAUACAUUACGAGCAAAGGUAAUAUAUCACCGCUUUGAUAAAGCACGUGAUGUGGGUAGUUCACUAGCAGGUUCAAUAAAAUCUAUCAUUAAAACUGCAAUCAGAUCUAUGGUACUCACAUAUCGUAUAAAGUCCUCCAUGCGAGGCCAUCCCAAUUUAACUUUACUCAAUGGGCCCGGGACAUGCUGCAUUAUUACAUUUUGGCUCAAAUUAUACCAUAUAUUUUUGUGGCAACCGUCUAAAAUCGUAUAUGUAGAGUCCUUGGCUCGUACUAACCGCUUGAGUUUGACUGGAAUGAUAUUGUAUCCACUAGCGGAUGAGUUUGUAGUACAAUGGGCCGACUUAUUGCCAAUAUACCCAAAAGCCAAAUACUACGGAGUGCUUGUUUAG